GCUGAUGCUGCGGGGAGCGAUUUAUUGCGACUUCCGUCGAGUCGAAAUGAAACGCGGCCAAGCAGAAGGGACAAGGACGCUGAAAUAACUCAAAGGAGGACGGUAAAGCUCAUCUGAGAUGCUCGACCAGAGAUUUCUCGGCAAGGGGAUUUGCGUCCGGUGUGUGCGUCUCCGCUCCUUUAACGAAAAACACGGUUUGCCUCUGAGCUAAGUCGAAACAGAUGCGCCGGUCGUUCACGGGAUUAUUUAUCAGUGUCAGUGUAUGACACCGUGCAGCGGUGACAUUCUCAUCUGAGAAGCACGGGGAGACUCCCGCAAACUUCAGGACUUCACAAACUGUCUAUAUAAGAUCAUAUGAGUGCAGCUUUCAGUUCCCCGUUCAUGAUGAUGCAGCGUCCGGUGGGAAGCACCACCGCAUUCAGCAUUGACUCGCUCAUCGGAGGUCCACCGCAGCCCAGUCCGGGACAUUUCGUGUACACGGGCUAUCCCAUGUUCAUGCCCUAUCGGUCGGUGGUGCUGCCUCCGCCUCCUCCGCCACCUCCUCCAGCUCUCCCGCAGAGCGGUCUCCCCGCGACCCACCCGCACCACCCGAUCCCGGGCUUGCCCAGCGGCUUCUGCUCCAGCCUGGCGCAGGGCAUGGCGCUCACAUCCACGCUGAUGGCCACCUUACCCGGCGGCUUCUCCACGUCGCCAUCCCAGCAGCACCAGGACGCGGCGAGGAAGCUCGGCUCUCAGUCCAUUCAUGCCAUGUUCGAUAAAUCUCAGGAUAUCCGUUUGGACGGAGAGGAUGGGAAAACGUUCCCAACGAAAGAAUCGGCGACCCUUCCUUCAUUUCACGACUCGCAGUCCGUGCACACCUCCACAGCGCGAGGUCACAACAAAGACGACGCGAAGGAGGACGAGUGCCACAGGAAAGACGAGAGCUUCUCCAUGGACAGUGAUUUAGAUUACAGCUCCGACGAUAACGGGCCCGGGAACGCCAUGUGUCAGAAAGAAGACGGAGACGCCGGCGGAGGAAUGGACGAUGGCAUCCACGGCGGGAACGGGGCCGGGAACACCACGUCCACCGGGAAAAACCGGAGAAGGAGAACCGCUUUUACGAGCGAGCAGCUCUUAGAACUGGAGAAGGAGUUUCACUGUAAGAAAUAUCUAUCCCUCACAGAACGCUCACAGAUCGCCCAUGCCUUAAAGCUCAGCGAGGUGCAGGUCAAGAUCUGGUUUCAGAAUCGAAGGGCCAAGUGGAAACGGGUCAAAGCGGGCAACGUGAACUCCAAAACCGGAGAGCCCUCCAGAAACCCCAAAAUUGUGGUUCCCAUUCCGGUGCAUGUCAGUCGGUUUGCGAUACGCAGCCAACACCAACAGUUAGAACAGGCCAGACCUUGAUAGGCUGGGGUUAGAUACUGGAGGACUAAGAGACAGAUCAGCGAAGGCUAAACAAGGCUAAAACCGUUCUCGAGGAACCCAGGACACGCAGAUAGUUUGUGCUAUAUAUACAUACAUAUAUAUAUAUAUAGUUCAAACGAGGAAAAAGAAGCAACAGACUCGACUCAAACGAAAAGUUCAGACUAAGACCUCAUUCUGGAAGAAAGUGCAGUUUUAUCCCCUACUUCGGACCAAACCACGAACGACUUUUAGUUGAGGAAACCCCACAGUGUAUUUCUGUUUAGUUUCGUGUGACUGUCCGGUUCUUGUGUUUUUGGCGGAGAUUAAUAUUAUCCUAAAAGGAGCACUUCUGGUCUCUGCUGAAGAACGCGAUGUAAUUCAAUUAAUAGCGAAAUUAACACCAACUGUUAAAUACGUGCUCUUUAUUUUUUUAAUGGUAAAUAGUCUUAAUUUUAUUUAGGUUUUUUUCGUUUGUUUGUUUGUUUUCUUGCAUUAUUUCUUCCACUUUAUUUCUGUAACCUUUCAAGACGUCACGGGCACGCUGCUAAUUUAUUUAAUAUUGUGAGGAAGAAAAAAAAAACUUGCUAACGUUUCAUGAGUUUACUGACUUCAGAAUAUUGUGUGGAUUAAAGCUGGACCAUAAACAAUUGUAAA